AUGAACGACGCCGAGUUGACCCGACGCGUGAAGGCCCUGGCGGGGGAGGCUGGCUUUUCAAUGGCUGGCGUGGCCCCCGCGGUGACGCCGACGGGAUUCGCUCGGCUCGGCGAGUGGCUCGCGGCGGGCUACGUGGGUGAGAUGCAUUACAUCGCCGAACGUCUGGAAGACUAUGCGCACCCCGAGCGGCUGCUCGACGGCGCUCGGAGCGUGCUGAUGUUUGCGCUCGAUUACCGAACCGCCGAGCCGCAAGCUCCGCAGCUGGGUGAGGGACGCGUCUCGCGCUACGCAUGGGGCGCCCGUGAUUACCACGACAUCGUGCGCAAGAAGCUCUACAGGAUCGCCGACGCGAUCAAAGAGUGGCGGCCGGGAUCGAACACGCGCUGUAUCAUCGACACAGCGCCGCUACUCGAACGCGAAUUUGCGGUUCUUGCCGGCCUCGGCUGGGUCGGCAAGAACACGCUGGUGCUCAACAAGAGCCGGGGUAGCUACUUCUUCUUGGCGUCGGUGCUAACCGACACGCCGCUCGAUUACGACACGCCGCACGAGACCGACCACUGCGGCACGUGCACGGCGUGCCUCGACGCUUGCCCCACGCAGGCGUUUGUCGCGCCGCGGCUGCUGGACGCGUCACGCUGCAUCAGCUACUUGACGAUCGAGCAUCCCGACCUGCCAUCGCCCGAUCUGCGUGAAGGUCUCGGCGAAUGGCUCUUUGGUUGCGACGUUUGCCAAGACGUUUGCCCUUGGAACCGGCAUUCGCAACCGGCGACCGAACAAGCACUCUGGCCACUUAAAGAGAGCAAUCCCCUUAAGCUGGCGCCGCUGUUUGAGCUCGAUGACGACGCGUUCCGCCGACGCUUCUUGAAGACGCCGCUCUGGCGUCCGAAGCGACGGGGCCUCUUACGCAACGCCGCCCUAGUGCUCGGCGCCACCCGCGCGGCGGGUUCUGAAGCGGCCCUCGCCCGCGGUUUACGCGACAGCGAGCCGCUGGUUAGGGCGGCGGCGGCCUGGGCGCUGGGACGAUUGGGUACCGAAGCGGCGGUCUCGGCGCUGAAUCGACAUUCACUGCUCGAAGGAGACGAUUCCGUCCGCGACGAGAUUUCCGCAGCGCUCGACCUCAACAAGACCCCCCGGCGGUAG